AUGAACGCCGCACCACAGCUGCUCAAGCGAGCGGGCAACAUGGCCCUCAGCUCCAACCCCACCGUCGCUGACAUCGACAUCACCACCCACGGUUCCGACUGGCUGUGGGCCGUCUUCUCGGUCAUGGCCACGACCGGCCUGCUCACCAUGGUGUGGUCGCUCAAGGUUUCGCGCGGUGAGCGUGCCUUCCACUACCUCUCGGCUGCCAUUCUUGCUACCGCUUCCGUCGCCUACUUCUCGAUGGCCUCGGACCUCGGUGCCACCCCCGUCCGUGUCGAGUUCAACAACUACGGCCCUGCUCUGGUUGACGGUCAACGUCCCACCCGUUCGAUCUGGUACGCCCGUUACAUCGACUGGACCAUCACCACUCCUCUCCUUCUUCUCGAGAUCCUGCUCGUCUCGGGUCUUCCCCUCUCCACCGUUUUCAUCACCAUCUUCUUCGACCUUGUCAUGAUCAUCACCGGUCUGAUCGGCUCGCUCGUUGAGUCGACCUACAAGUGGGGCUUCUACACCAUGGGCUGCGUUGCCAUGUUCUACGUCUUCUGGGUCAUCUACGGCCCCGGUCUCAAGUCGGCCUCGCACCUCGGCGACGACUUCAAGAAGGCCUACCUCUACUCGUCGCUCGUGCUUACGAUUCUGUGGACCCUCUACCCCGUUGCCUGGGGUCUCGCAGACGGCGGCAAUGUCAUCUCCCCCGACGGCGAGAUGGUCUUCUACGGUGUGCUCGACUUGCUUGCCAAGCCCGUCUUCGCUCUGUUCCACCUGUUCUCGCUGCGACGAUGCAACUACUCUUCGCUGCACCUCAAGAGCGGCAAGUUCUCGGACUACGAGGACCUCUCUGCCAACCACUUCCGCUCCAUGGAAAGCGGCAAGGCUGGCGAGGCCGGUGUUGCCGGCAACGGCGUCAACGGUGCUGGUGUCAACGGCAACACUGUGGGCUCUGACACCACUGGUGCCAACGUGCUCCACCCCGCGCCUGCCACCCAGAUGCACAACGUCACCCAGUAA